UGUUUUUUUUUUUUUUUCCUCCUUCGAAGUUGAAAGGCAGGAGCAGAGCGGUGGAGGGGGCCCAGCUUGCCUUCCUACUCGCCGUUGAUGCAACGCAUUUCGGCUCUUUUCGGCCACAUUUGUUUUUUUGUUUGUUUCUCGCUCGGUGUGAUAUCCUCACUCCAGACAUCUCCUUCGCGAUGGCGGGGGCUAUUAUUGAAAACAUGAGCACCAAAAAGUUGGUGAUAGUGGGAGUUAUUCUGCUUUUGUUCCAGGCGUUUUCCUUCAUGGUCGGCGGUUUAAUUGCUCCCAGCCCCACCACCGCAGUCCACUACCUGGCCACAAAGUGUGUGGACACCAUCAAGCACAGACAGGAAUCAAAAUGGUUCAUGCCAUGGGGUCCCAACCAGUGUGACAAGAUCCGCUCCUUCGACGAUGCCAUGGCCAAGAGGAUCGAGGCUAACAACAUUGUGUUUGCUGUCCACAUCCCUCUGCCCAACAAGGAGAUGAGCUCAUGGUUCCAGUUCAUGCUGGUCAUCCUGCAAUUUGACAUCGCUUUUAAGAUGUUCAAUCAGAUCGAGGAUGGAGCAAUGGUCACUAUUGACGUCGGCCUGGCCUACAGAGACGACACAGUCAGCGAGUGGACGGAGAUGGCUCAUUCCUUCGAACAGAGAAAACUCAGCUGUAACUUUACAACAGCUAAGACCCUCGAGAAUGAGGGCCGCUACUACGAGUGCGAUUUGCUGCCAUUCAUGGAGGUGGGGAGUGUGGCCCAUAAGUACUAUCUUCUUAACAUCCGGCUGCCGGUCAACGAGCGCAAGAAGAUCAACGUGGGGAUCGGGGAAAUCAAAGACAUCCGCCUCGUCAGCAUCCAUCAGAACGGAGGCUUCACCAAGGUUUGGUUUGCCAUGAAGACCUUCCUUACACCCAGCAUCCUCAUCAUCAUGAUCUGGUACUGGAGGCGCAUCACCAUGCUGACCAGACCUCCUGUCCUCCUGGAGAAGGUAAUCUUUGCUCUGGGAAUCUCUAUGACAUUCAUCAACAUCCCAGUGGAGUGGUUCUCCAUUGGCUUUAACUGGACCUGGAUGUUGCUUUUUGGAGACAUCAGACAGGGCAUCUUCUACUCCAUGCUGCUCUCCUUCUGGAUCAUCUUCUGCGGGGAACAUCUCAUGGACCAAACGGAGAGGAACCGUUUUUCGGUCUAUUGGAAGCAGGUUGGACCCAUCGUCUUUGGCUCUUUCUGCCUCUUCAUCUUUGAUAUGUGUGAGAGAGGGGUCCAGCUAAAAAAUCCAUUCUACAGCAUCUGGGCUUCUGAUGUAGGAACUGAAUUGGCUAUGGCAUUCAUAAUUGUGGCAGGGAUCUGCGCCUGCCUCUAUUUCCUCUUCCUCUGCUUCAUGGUUUUCCAAGUCUUCCGCAACAUCAGUGGUAAGAGGACGUCUCUGCCCGCCAUGUCCAAGGCCAGACGGCUGCACUAUGAGGGUCUCAUUUUCAGGUUUAAAUUCCUCAUGCUGGUUACUCUGGCCUGUGCAGCCCUCACUGUCAUCUUCUUCAUCAUCAGCCAGGUAAAUGAGGGUCAUUGGCACUGGGGAGAGCACACAGUGCAGGUGAACAGCGCCUUCUUUACAGGCAUCUACGGCAUGUGGAAUCUGUACGUCUUCGCCAUCAUGUUCCUCUACGCACCUUCCCACAAACGUUACGGAGACGAGCAGUCAAGUGGUCAGUGCAUCACUGGAGAUGCCGGAGCAAAUAGUGGAGAGGACAUCCAGCUGACCACCACAAUCACCCAUGUUGAUGGUCCUACAGAGAUCUACAAAAUGACUGGCAAAGAGGCCCAAGAAUAGAUUUCACACUGUAUCUGCAGCCUACUACUCCAGCGAUCUACAUGACUAAAAAAAAUUCUCUGUUAGUAUCCACGGCCCCAAAACGGCAUGUAUGAUCCAGCUUGCAUGCAACCACCCCUCAGAUGUUGCGCUCUUUACAGCACCGAACCUUAAGCUUGUUUACUUGUUUCCAAACUCCCUAUCAUAUCUGUAAAAGCAGAAUAUCAACACUCCAAUCAGUCUUUUUCAUUUCGUGGUGGAAUUUUGACACAUUUCAGACUUUAUGUAAACAGUGCUGCGUUUGUUGCACAAUCCUUUUUACUCCAAGUCAGGUACUGAAAAGCUGCUAUAUGUGGAAAUUUCAGUUAAAGGAGAACCCUCCUUUUGGUGGUAAGACGUAGCAUUGCAGUAGCUGGCACAUCUCCCGUUUUUAAAGUCAAAGCAUGGAGAUGAACAGCGGAUGAUUUAGCCUCGUGGUUUGAUUGCAGUGCUUACGUUGUGGUUUUCCUCGCUUCACAGAUGUCAGAAAAACAAAAAAGUAAAUGGUGUGAAGUACUGCUGUCAAUCUUAGUCUUUCGUGUCUUCCUUUUAUUGUUUCACUGUGGGGAAAAUGUACAGACCACAUAGUCACUUUGGGAACUCCGUAGUGUAUGGUCAUCAUGUUACAAUGUAGAUAUCUAUUUUUUAUAAGUGCUCAUUUUCAGCUUAAUAAAAUGUAUGCAUCAACUAGCCAUAUUUCUGAAUUUGCAGAAAUAUUACACUUUUUUUUUUUUGCUUUGUAUCCUAAUUUAAUAAAAAAAAACGAUAUAACUGUUUAUUGCUAUCCAUUUUUUUUUCUGGUUUGAAAGUCUUGUUUUAGAUGCCAGUUUUUAGUUUUUUAAUUCAAAUAAAGGAACAAACUUGGAUCAGAUAAUUUUUUAUAUGAUUGUGUUUUUGGCGGAGUUUCUUUCACAUUGUACAAACUUUUCAGCGGCAUCAAGGCUUUUUUCUUAUAAGAUUUUGAGUCCCGAAUGUGAGCUGGAAUCCCAGCAGGGAGAGUGCGCCUCUACCAGGCUCCAGGCGGAACAAACCUGCCUUUACUUUUCCACAUCUGUCAAGUUAGUCAGAACGACGCCUAAAUGGGAAGUUGUUUUCUCUGGUUGAUUUUUGAAUAAAAGAUUUGCGACAUGUACCAUUUUGUCCAUUUCAAUAAUCUCUCUCUCUCUCUCUCUCUCU